UUUUCUCGUAUAUUGCUAUUUCGGGUUUACCAGAUGGCAAUGAAAACUGCUGUUCCCAUUUAAAGACUUCUCUAAUAGCAUUUCUUUCUAAAUAUUUGUCUUUUUAAAGCCUCAGUCCAAACGCUCCAGUGUACGUCAUGGAGGCAGAGCAUAUUCUCUGCAAAGCCCUGUAUAGAGUUUGCUGCUCGGACUGGGUGCCUGAAUGGAAACCUUUCAGGACAAGAUCUGCUGCUAAUUCUGUUUGUGGAUUGGCCAGCAGAGAGGGGCUGCUUAUUCCUCUUGGGUUGGUGGAGUUCAUAAAAAAUAGCACUAACCAUAUGGGUUCUCUAGUUUAAAACGCCUGCCUCUGAGAGGUUGCUGUGUGGAAGGACUCAUUGUGUAACAGCUAAGUGGAUACAGUAGUCUCUUAUUAUUAUUUUGUUAGUCUUAUUGUGCUGAUGGGAAGGAAUAUAAUGUAUUAUUAUUUAUAAAGCUAUCUGUUCUCAAAGCAGUGUCUUAGGAUAAUGCCUUAUUUCUUAGCUGAAAACAUGGAUUACUGUUGAAUUUGUCAACAAACUAUACAGGGUUUUUAAAUGACCGCCUGUGACUUGCAGGCAUUGUCCUCAAACAUACUUGCUCAGAGCUGAAUACAAAUGUAGAGGUGGGGAGAACUAAAAUGUGUCUCAGCGUUUUAGUAUAGUAGGAUGCCUAUGCUAUUUGGAAAGGGGGAAACUGUCAUGUCUGACAGCAUUUCUGUAGGGAUAAUUGUUUUAAGUGGCUCAGGAGAGAUUCUGCACACAGAGGAAGCUCACUGAAUCUGUUGGAAUUCAGCAUGGGAGAGCUUCACAUGCAAAAAAAGCUUUGGCACAUGGGAGUAAAAGAGGAAGCUAGGUAACCUUUCAGACCAUUUAGCAUACCAAUUGUAGUGUCAAGGCAACCACUGUAAUUCUAAAAGCUGGAAAAAAAAGAAGGAUUUAAUAUCAUGCAGAUGUGCUGGCUCUUGCUUCUUUUAUGAAUUGGGGUAUUACAUAAAUGAAAGAGUUAGUAAAGCAAUGAAUUGUUUUUAUAGAACCAAAUGCAUGCCAGGUGCUUUACAGACCAGAAGAAAAGGUCCCUGCCUUGGAGAGCUUACGUUCCAUAAUAAGAUGUUGAUCAAACCUGCCUUGGAGUAGUUUUGCCAGCCCAUGAAGCUGCUCGGGUAGUAAGAUCUGGGACAAAUAUUUGCCUAGAAUGCUAGGAAAGGUGGCAGAACAGGACCAGGAACUAAUUAACCUGGCAGUGUAGUGCAACAUGUUCUUCUUGCAUGCUUGGUGUUUGAUUUAAAAUAUCAAUUUGACUCUUUUGUUUUUUCUAGGGCUGAAAUCAGAUAUAAUGCAAUUUAUUUUAACUAAUAAAUUAAUGUAACAUCUGACAUUAACUACUUGAGCUGGAUGCCUAGGCAGUUGCUGACUAAACAAAUAUGGGUUGUUUUUCAGCCAGGUAAUUUUCCUGAUUCACCAUGUGACCACAUAGAUGUGCAAAGAGCAGAACAUGGACUUGAUCUUGGGAGAGAGAAGUAGUUGCUGAAGGAUUUUUCAUUGGAGGCCAUGGAGCUUUCAGCCACUGACCUCAGCAUCUAUGACAAGCUAUCAGAGACAAUUGAUCUAGUGAGACAGACUGGCCACCAGUGUGGGAUGUCAGAAAAAGCUAUUGAGAAAUUCAUCAAGCAGCUCUUGGAAAGAAAUGAACCCCAAAGGGGACCUCCACGCUACCCUAUCUUAGUGGCUGUCUACAAGGGCCUGCUCAUGCUGGGAUUGGUUUUGCUAACUGUUUACUUCGUGAUCCAGCCAUACAGCCUGCUGCCACCUGAAGCUCCGCUCUCCAGAGCCCAUUCCUGGGGCUCCCUCAUUGGUCACCUCCGACUGCUGUCUCUGCCUAUUGCUAAGAAGUACAUGCUCGAGAAAUGCCAGGACUGGUGGACAGCAGGUUGUAGACAAAACACUUCUACGCUGCCUGCAUGUUGCACAGCAUGUUCUUCUGUGAAAAGCCUUCAGAUUGUGACAGACUUUGGAGAACUAUCAGAAGAACUCCAGAGGUCUCAGCCUUUUCUAAUCAAGACAGGACAGCAUCUCUCUUAUGAAGAACUAAAGCACUUUCAGUCCCAGCAUCCAGAACUGGCAGAGGUUGUAAUAGAAGAAAAUUCAUCUGAACUGUGGAGCUGCCUCCCGAGACAGAGCUUCCCAUUUUUCUUUCCCUGGAGCAAAUCUGUAGACAGAACUCAGAUUCUGCAGGAAUUUUUCCCCACUUCCUCUUCAUUGUCUUUCCACAAGACAGUGUCCCUAGAGACUUGCUUCCUCAUACGCCAUCCAGAUUUGGGGAAUAAGAGCUACAGCUUGCAUGGCCUCUUUGCUGUUGGAAGCGGACAGCUCACUCUGACUGUUGUACCUCUGGACAAGUGCAGAGAACACUGUGAGAUGUUCAAGGUGGAGCUGGAAGCUGGAGAUUUGGGUUAUGCCAGCACAGAUUACUGGAUGAUGAGCUUCAUGGCCAAAGGGACAGAGCCGGCGGUUGUUUGUUAUGGAGCUGCUAGCUAAGGACAGUGGGUGGGAAAACAACUACUUCCAGGACAAGAAGAUUUUCAGCUGUGAAGCCAAGGCAACAUCUUGAAAGCGAUAGACCUGGGGCAACUGUGGCAGGCAGCUUUGCCACCUUGCAUGUUUACAGUGUUAAAAAAUGACUGUUUUCCUGAUCCUUUGCCCUUCCUCAGAUGUAUUUUGGGAGAAGCUCAAGCUAUUCAUGACCUUCCCUGUCCCCUCAGGUAAGCCUUGGGCUGGCAGCAAAGGCGUUUUCCAGGAGCAACAGAGGGAUGUCUCAGGAUGAGAUUCACCUUUGUGGAUUAUGGCACUUCUGAAUCUUUGUGGGAGGAGGUUAGGAGUGGAGGGGUCUGUGUGACAUUUCUGUAUACGUUCCUCCUGGGGAGGAAGCCUGAAGCCUGUGUUGGCAGGCCAGCUCUAUAAAGGGAAUUGAUAUGUCCCACAUCUGCUCCAUCUCUCCAUCACGCUCAUGGCUGUGUGCCUCAACAGUGUGCCCUGCAAAGCCAACCUGAGCUCUGUGCUUCAGGGCUGACAUGAGCCUCCCAACCUAGUGGCAGGGACACUCACCCACAGCAUUGUUCUUGGACCAAAUUAAUCUGUUCAGGGCUCUUUGUGUCUUGUGAUCGCUCUUCUACUGUUCUCUAUCAGCAAAUUGUAAUUGAGUCAAAUAGUAACUGUGCUUUUUUCCGCCCCCACUUCCUUUCCUAUAAAAACACCGAUGCAAGUUUUGGUGGUCAUGGUGCUAGGAGUGCAGUAGUUCUGGAUGGAGGUGGAGCUGGGUGCAAAGAAGCUUUUUAUAAGUUCAUGUUGUGAUUGUGCACCUAAGAUACUGGGGUUGCAUGACUGUUUUCAUAUAUAUUCUGUUAGGAGAAGUACUGCCUGUGUUCCUGACUUGGGGUACCUGCAGGAGCACCAGAACAUCUCCUUGUCACUGUCUUUUUUGUACCAACUUCUUCCAGAUCUGAUACAUUGUCUUCAGAAUGAAUUUUGAUUUUUUCCUGAGUUCCUUCCAAGCUGCCUUUGCAUGCUUCCUGUUGCUUGAGCACUGCAUUAUCCAGUAUCCUGAGAGACUUGGUUUCAGUGUUUGCGGACUGUGGAUGCUGCAGUCCCUUCCAAGUUUGAUCCUUUGGGUCUGUUCCUGCUGUUGAAGAUCAUUUACAGAUGUGUAAAGCUGAACUCAUAGGCCAGGGCUGGGGUUCAGGACAUACUCUCACACUUGUUACUAUGAAAUUGGAAUGGGUUUUGUUUGAAAGCAAGCUAACUCUGUUCUUAGAAGCAAGAACCUUUUUCUCUGUAAAUAGUUUAGGUACACUUAAAAUGACCAAUUGGAAAAAUGUCUACCCAGCCUUUGCUUUUGAGCAAAAGCAGGUGAAUGGGAGCAAACGUCUUACUAAUCAUAUUAAGGACUGACAAAAGCUGCCAAAUUGGAUGACCAUGUCUGGCUCCUUAAGAAAGAUAAGGCAGAGGACAGUCCAGAUCACUCCAAAGAGUUUAGCCUGGGAGAGUUUAGUCUGCAUUACAAAUAUUUCUAUGCGUAACACUUGUUUUUUUCCUGUAAGCUAAUGAGAGCAACCUCAGCACCUGUGUCAGUGUGUUUGGUCCUUGACACUGAACUGACAUACAUCAGAUAUAGUAGAACUAAAGAGGGAGAGACUGAGUCAGAACAGAAGACGACAUUUAAUUUGUAGCAAAGCUGUCAAAGGGAACUGAAUUAAUAAGAGUUAUGUUAGUAUUGUUAAUGCUUGGAGUGUGUUUUGGACUUGUGACACUACAUACAGUCCUGUACAUGCCAAGACACACACACCACCCCUCUCGCUCUUCUUAAAGCCUGGGUCUUAGUUAAUGGAAAUUUGGGAAUUCAGUGAUGGCAGAAUCAUCAGAGGGCCCACAUUAGUGACUGUUGCUAUUUGCACUUUGGCACUUCUCAAGUCAAAGACUGACAAGGUUACUUCACCUCUUACUGUUUUUUUACCUUAUCCAUUUCGUUGGGUUGGAGUUGUAUACGGGAAGAACCUGCUUGGACCUUUUGUUGCAGAGAUUGCAGGUGAUUUGGUGAUGCUGUUACUUCUAAGUGUCCUUGAAUGAAACUUGUAAAAGAGCUGCAGAGACAAUUCUCAAGUAUCUGUGAAAUGCCUACUUUUUGGGAGUCAUACUUAAGUCAUUGUGGCUGUCUGGCUCCUUUGAGAAAUAGCAGAGAAAAUGGAUCUAUUUACAGCUGCUGUUUAGGUUGAGGGUAGGAGGGGCGCUAGAGCAAAAUUGUGCCUGAUUAGCAAAGGUGCUUUUAGAUAUUGCUUCUCCCCUCCUCAGUGUGUUACAGCUGGUUGGACUGAUGAUGGUGAAUCUGGACUGUCAGCUUUUGAAGUGCACUUUAUGGUGUCUUCAUAAGUUUCCAAAUCUGUGUCUAGGUGAUAUAUUGCAUAUGUCCAAACCUUACUCCCUUUGGAGUUUACAUCAUUUGUUUUUAAACUUCCAGUAUAUUUUCUCUUCUUCUUCCAAGGACUGUAAGGAAUUGGCUGCUACACUGAAACAGGACGGCAAUUAUUUGCUGAUAAAGAGCUGAUUUUGGCCAUAGCUGCUGUCAAGCGUGGAGCCUCAAUCUAUAGUGCAGCAUCUUGAGUAGCUCCUGUAAUCAACUGCCAGAAAGGUUAUGCUAAUGCCUUCUGCAUUGUGACAUGGGUAAGGAAAAAAAAGGAGGUUUUGGCAUCUUGGUCAAGUGGCCAUCUUCCUCAUCAGCGGCUUCAGCUUCACACAACCUUACCAAAGUCUGUGGCCUCCCUAGGGAAUUCGGCAAUUCCUAAUGAGCUGCUCAGUCUGGAGUAGAACUGGAGUAGAAUGUGUCCAUUUUCUCAGCUAUCGAGACAUUGUAGCAAUGAACAUGAUCUGGAUGAGUCACAGAGGGUGUGUCUCCCAACACAGUCUCCCUUGCCACUAGCUUCACUUUGGCACUUGUAUAUCCAAGUGUGUGUGCUGUUUUGCAUAAUACUCCCCUUUACUGGCCAGCUCAGAGGAGUGCCCGGUAAAUAUGUGCAUCCUCAUUUUAAAAAUCUAUUCAAAUGCUUCAGAGCGCUUUACGUCUAAGCUGGGAGAGGGAUGUCUGCACACCUGAAAUCCCACAGACUGCAAAGGUGCUCUGAAAUCACACUAGUGAGGCCCUGAAACUGGUGCUACCGAAGAACCUAGUGGGCGGAGAUGUGUAGGGGUCAUUCUUCUGCUUGUCAAGAUAGAGAGAUGGGCUGCCACCCUGGACUGUGCCACAUCUGGACUGUGUUUUAAAGAUAGUUUCCAAAAGCAGGGGUCAUUGACCUUUGCUCUCACUCAGCCCUGAACUCAGGGUAAUUGAAAGGAGGAGAAAGGAGUACUGUUUUCUUCAGUAACAGGAAAUCAGUAUCCCCUGUGGGGGGCAAGCUGCCAGUUUCUGUUGAUUCCUUUCUGUCUUUCUUCCUCUCCCCAUUGGCAUUGUGCACACACAUUCCUCUGGGGCAGCUCUGCAGAUCCCAGCCCCAAACUCCCUUUGCAAUGUUCUGGAGAGCUUUCUACGGUCAAGUUUCCUGUGUAUCCUGGGCCGUUAACUUCUCCUGCUAGUCUUCUUGUUGUAAUAGUCUGUCAGGGAAGCUGGUUUUACUGCAAGGAACAGGGCUGGAUAAAAGCACCUCCCUUCUCUUCUGGCUUGGCCUCCCUGACUUUCCAGCAGCAAGCCUUGCACGCCUUUCUCAGCAGUCCUGCUCACAGCAUGGGAACUCCCUUAGUGAGAUGAGAUGGAGAGUGGUAAAGCACGUUCCUCGAGGUGUGAAUGCCAGCAUCUCAGCAACGUGAUGCUCCUGCUCGCACCAGUAAUGCUGCUCUGGAGAGUGAAGUCUACAGGAUCUGUCCAAUCCUGGGCUCAGUGGUCCAGGUUCUCUGGCUCCCACUUGGUUCCCUUGGGAGCCACAGAGCUGAGCACUUUCUGGGGCCAGAUCAUUUUGGUGGGCCUUGCAGUGGGUGUGCAGAGAACUUCUACUUCUGGGAAACCUUUCUCCUCUUCCUAAACUUUAUAUGUAGAGUUAUAUAUUCUUGUCUUCAGGAAACUACUUCUCAUAAAGGAUAUAUUUAAUGUCCUGCUGAGUUAAACAAGGGAGAUGCUGGUCUUCCCCUUUCCUUUGAAGAUUCAAACAAAUGACAGGUGAUUUAUUUUUAGAAUUCUCUCUCUCUGUGGGGAGAGGAGUCAUGUUAUAAAGGCUCAGGGGUGCUGGGAAGUAAAGCUAUAUAUGCGUAAAGACUGUUUCAAUGCUGUACACUAUAAAUUCAGUGGUGGAUAAAAAAUAAAAAGAAUGUAAAUAUGCAAUUAAUGCAGAAUUUUAUGGAUUGUUGUAAUUUAAUAUAUUGCAAACUUUGUAAAUACUUGGGAAAAGCCUGUAAAGUGUGUAAAUAAAUGAGAUUUGUAUGUAGAGAAGAAGAAUAAAAAGUUUUUACUUUUUGCAAUUAAAUGGAAGUGUUAAUGAA